AUGUUGGAUGAAGAAUCGUACAAACUGAUAUUCAACAUGUGCAGCCCGGAUGUCCCUGAAUUGAAAACAUUCGAUAUGUUAAUUUCACUCUUGGAUAAACAUUUCAUCCCAAGAAAAUCAGUCCUAGCUGAACGUUUCAAAUUCUUCGAUAGCAAGAAAGGGAAUAAUGAAACAAUUAAGGAUUGGGCAGCGCGUGUGCGGAGCUUAGCUGUUUCCUGUGAGUUUGGAAAGGAAUUAGAUAUUUGUCUCCGAGACCGUUUUGUUUGUGGAUUCGAAAAAGGUGUUAUACUGGACAGACUCCUGGAAGAGAAGAAAGAUAUAACUUUCGAACAAGCUAUAGGCACAGCAGAAAACAAGAUGGCGUCUUCGCAGAGCUACCAGAUCGGCAACCCCGUGAAGAUGGAACAGCUGUUACAUGUGCGCAGCCACGUCAAUCGUCUCGAGGGCAGACGUCACUCCAAUUCCCAGAAAGGUUCCAGCGCCAGCGCAACGAAAGGUGGUACAAAUGACAAGUGUACAACCUGUGGAAAAAUUGGUCAUAAUAAAGAUAAGUGCUUCAGAAAUUUAUUUUGUUCUUUCUGUAAAAAGAAUGGCCAUAAUAUUAAUAAUUGUUUCAAAAAGAAAAAAAGAACGAAUAAUGUUUCAAGAUCUCAUAAUUACUUGCAAGAUGAAAAUGAUAAUUAUGAAAAUGAACGUUCUUUGUUUGUUGUCAAUAAUGCUAACAGUCAAGACAAUGCAUACUCAUUAGAAGUAAAACUUGGUUCUUGUAUUAUAAUAUUCUAA